UCUCUGUGACUGCAGUUCGAGAGCUGCGACUCUGAGGAUGUAGUCAGUGGAGGCCAUGGUUCUCCUGCCCAACCCCUUCAGAGGAACCGAGAAACGAAACCACAACGGUCAACCGGCUAGACCGGAAGGCCGGCGGGGCGCAGGCGCAGAGGGCCUCGGGCUCUGGCGCCAUCUUGGGCCGCCGCGGGCGGGAUGCUUGGCCUUUCUUUGGGUUCACUCAGGUCGGGGGAUUCGCGCAGUCAGGCCUCUUCGGCACAUGGGCUUUCCCUCCCUUGGGGUGAUACCUCUGAUAUCCCCCAGACGGCAGUGCUGGGCGUUCCAUUCCGCGCCAGGUUGCUGGCCUCGCGCGGAGAGCCAGCCGGGGGAGGCCGGACGGUCACAGGACUCUCCCGCGGGACGUGGCCUCUUACCUGCCGGGCGCCACCGACGGCUUCCAGCUUCGCCGCUGGGGUUUUCGAAAAAGGCGAGCACCUUCCAGGAACGGCGGCUGAAGUCUGCGGCCCAUCCCCUGACCCCUAGUGCGCCCGUUCGACGCCAGCAUUUCUCAGAACUUGGCAUUUCCCACUAUUGGCAUCGAUUUGACGGGGGUAAAACCUGUGAGACGCCUAGCACGGAGUAUAGGACAUGGCUUUCCACAAGGAGCGGUUGCUCGGGUUCCCGGCCUCUUUCAAACCGUUUUUGCGGGGAUGCAGUUUACGUCGAAAUGUGCCCAGUGUACAACUCGAUAUUUUGUAGUAAACGUAUGGAGGUGCACAGCCAUCACCGCAAUCCACUUUUAGAGUCUUGAUAGCAACCAAUCCCACCAUCCCCAGUUCCCCGGAGCCCAUUUGAGGAUCAGCCCCAGGCAACCACUAACCCGCUUUCUGCCUCCUGAGAUUUCCCUUUUCUGGACGUUGCAUGAAAACGGCAUUGUACGAUUCAUGAUCUUUUGCGGCUGGAUUCUUACACUUAGCAUAAUACUUUUGAAGUUCAUCCAUAUUGUGACGUUUUUGUGGAGUUCGGUCUCACCUCUUUUAGAGGAGGAUAGUUUUGGUUCAGAACUGCCUCGCUGAGUGGAUUGUGGAGACUGCAGACAUUGAAAGCUGUAGGUAUACCACCCACCCCUUUCUCCCCUUAAAUUUGGCUCAGUUUUGCCAAUUGCUUUUUUCCUGGAUUGAACAUGCUUAAUUAGGAUUUUCAGAGUUAUUAGCUGGAAGUCUGUUAAGGAUGCCGAGUGUUUUCACUUGCUGGCUUGGAUUUGGAUCCAGCCUCUCUCGCUUGCGUCAUUUUGGACAACCAUUCAACCUCCCUAUGUCUUAGUCUGUAGGGGAUACUUAUUCCUAGUUUAAAUGAGUUAUUGCAUGCGAAUUGUUUAGAAAUGUGACUGGCAUAUAGUUCAGCUAAAAAUGUUAGCUAUCAUCCUGCAUGGAUUUUUUUUUUUUUUUUUAAGUUUGGGGAGAGCUGUGAUGAGUUAGAGAUGAGUGCUACUUCAACCCAGUGGGCUAGGGUAUUAAAACUUGUCUGUUUUCUUAUGAUCCAGAUCAAUUUUUGACACAUAUUUAUUUGCUUACUGGGAGUUGGUAGGAAAUGUAUACAGCUCACCAAGAUUAUUUUGAUAAUUACUUUUGGUACUUUAUAUUUUUUCAGGAAAUUAUGUAUUUCCUUAUAUUUACAGAUUUAUUAGAUUAAAAGCAAAUGGUGUUAAGACUGUAAUCUCUGGGGGGCAGAUAUGAGGGUUAGAGUGCUGAGGAUUUAUUAGAUGUGGAACAUUGGGCAAUUUGUUUAACAUCCCGAGGCCCUGGUUUCAUCCCUGGAAUUGGAUAACAAUGGCAUCCUACCUUUCUGCUUGUCAGGAAGAUUAAAUAGAAAUCUUCUACUUAACCACAGCACCUGGCAGCAUAGGGAAAGUUCCAUAACUGCCAGCUGUUGUUAUUUCCAUUGUGGGAGUUCUUUCCAAUUAAAACAGCUUAGGGAUUGUAAACCUCUGUGAACCAGUUAAUUAAAAUGAACUGGGAAGCCUUCCACUGUUUUCUAGGCCUUGGAACACUUUAUGAAACAGAGACAUUGUUUGUUCCUUGAAAGUUGGAAGUUAGUUUCCAUUCCUACUCCAGUCACCUUUUGAGGCCAUGCUUUUCCUUCCUUUUUGGGGGGUACUUUUUGUGUACUCCUCCAUUAUAAUACAAGUUUUAAAUUUAAUAACAAAGAGGGUCAGCAAAUCUUUUCCGUAAAAGGCCAAAUAGUGAAUAUUUCAGGCUUUGUGGGAUAUACUAAUGUCUUGUCAAAAUUACUCAGCUGUCCUUAUAGUGUGAAAGCAGCUGUAAAUAAAUAGGUGUAUCUGGGUCCAAUAAAACACAGCCAGUGUUAUGCAUGAACAUAGAAAUUUAGGUUUCAUUUAAUUUUCUCAUGAAAUA